UGGAAAGAGCGGCGUGGAUGGCCCAUAAAUCACGUGGUGCCGCUUUAAAGGGCUCCGGGUACGCGUAGCCCGCAGCUUCUUAAAGGAGGGCGCCUCAAAGUUUCCGCCACUCAGAAGGAGAAAGGAAAUCCGCUGUUGAAGUGGUUGUAUCUGCGCUUCGCCAUGGACACUAUCCAGUGCGUCCCUGAUAAGUAAGCACCUAUACUGUUUGUGAGUCUGUGACAUCUCCGACGCGCUUCAGCGACGAGGAUUUGGCUCGUGCUUUCAGUUUUGUUAUUUACGACCACUGGAUUAGCAAGUCUAGAAUUGGUGGACACCCGAGCCUUGAGUUUUCCAGUUAACUGGCAAAUCCGCUGGGGAUGCGUAAAGUGGGCACGAGCCGCAGCGCACGCGCGUCUCUCGGUGUCCCGGGAGCACCUGCAGAAACGCGCGCUCUUUCGGAUGCACUCUUUUUAAGACACUCUACCAGGCACCUGCACACCCUGAAACACUUGUUCAUACAUCCAGCUAAUGAAAAUUUCAGACGCUGAUACCUCUUGAAAAAUAAAGUAGGUUUUGUUUGGAAGAGGAAAAUUAUCUCAAGGAGAAGCAAGGCUGGAUUUUUUGCCAGCAACAAAAUGAAUGUGCAGGUCAUAACAGAUCGUAAACUGUCUUCUGUACCACCUUUUGGACACUACACUAAUAUGAAAAAGAAGGAUGUGGAACUCAUUUUAUUAAAAGAGCAGAAUGGAGUUCAGUACACCACUUCACUCAUCUCUGCUCCAAGCCCCUCUUCUGACCCGGUACAGCGGUAUCCCAUCAUCUCCUCGGAGGACCAGGAUAGGGAAACCUGGGGAAAGAAGAUUGAUUUCCUCCUGUCAGUUGUUGGCUUUGCAGUGGAUCUGGCAAAUGUUUGGAGAUUUCCUUUUCUCUGUUAUAAGAAUGGUGGUGGUGCCUUUUUGAUCCCCUACACUUUUUUCCUGUUCAUUGCUGGGAUACCUCUGUUUUAUAUGGAAUUGGCACUGGGCCAAUUUAACAGGGAAGGAGCUGCCACUGUUUGGAAAAUCUGCCCAAUUUUUAAAGGUGUGGGCUACACUGUGAUCCUUAUAGCACUGUACGUAGGCUUCUACUACAAUGUCAUCAUUGCUUGGUCACUCUACUACUUGUAUUCCUCAUUUACACAAGAUCUACCUUGGCAAAUGUGUGGGAACAGCUGGAACAGUGCUAAUUGCACAGUUCCUGAGCCAUUGAAUAAAACAGUCAGCAAUCGGACUGUCUUGCCCAAAGCUAAUAAUACUGCAGCAUCAGAAUUCUUUGAACGAAAUGUACUGGGCCGACAUGCAAGUGAUGGUAUUCAUGACCUGGGCCUCCCUAACUGGAAGUUGUCUAUGUGUCUAGUGGUGGUGCUCUUCAUUCUCUUCUUCAGCCUGUCAAAGGGAGUGAAAACCUCAGGAAAGGUGGUAUACAUCACAGCAACAAUGCCAUAUGUUGUCCUGCUUGUUUUGUUGAUUCGUGGAAUUACGCUUCCGGGUGCUAUUGAUGGAAUCAAAGCCUACCUCCAUGUAAAUUUUCAUCAGCUCAAAAAUGUCACAGUCUGGAUCGAUGCAGCAACACAAAUCUUUUAUUCACUUGGUGCUGGAUUUGGAGUUUUAAUCGCCUUUGCCAGCUAUAAUAAGUUUGACAAUAACUGUUACAGAGAUGCCCUCCUCACCAGCACCGCAAACUGUGUGACUAGCUUUUUCUCAGGAUUUGCUAUCUUCUCUGUACUUGGCUAUAUGGCUGAAGAAUAUCAUGUGGAAAUUGAGAAGGUAGCAACUGAAGGGCCUGGCUUAGUGUUCAUCGUGUAUCCAGAAGCUAUUUCUAAGUUGCCUGGUUCAUCAUUCUGGGCUGUUGUCUUUUUCAUCAUGUUGUUUACACUUGGGAUAGACAGCUCUAUGGGAGGCAUGGAGGCUGUCAUCACAGGACUGUCAGAUGACUUCCAAAUAUUGAAAAGAAACCGGAAGCUGUUCACUUUUGCCACAACUUUAUUAACUUUCCUGGUGGCUAUGCUGUGCAUUACAAGUGGUGGGAUAUAUGUUUUCAAUCUCCUGGAUCGUUUUGCAGCAGGAACAGCUAUUUUAUUUGCUGUAUUGAUAGAAGCUAUUGGCAUAUCGUGGUUCUAUGGAGUGGACCGAUUCAGUGAAGACAUUGAGCGCAUGAUGGGUUUUAGACCUGGACUCUACUGGAGGCUGUGUUGGAAGUUUGUGAGCCCAAUGUUUUUAUUGUUUGUUGUAGUUGCUAGCAUUGUGAAUCCAAAUAGGCUAGAAUAUGAGGAAUACAUAUAUCCUACAUGGGCCAACCUGGUAGGAUGGGGAAUAGCAUUGUCUUCAAUGAUCUUUGUUCCAGCUUAUGCCAUUUACAAAUUUCUGUGCAUUCCUGGAACAUUUAAACAAAGACUGGCUUACUGCAUCACUCCUGAAAAAGAGCAUCAUCUUGUAGCAGAAGGAGAAAUCAGACAAUUUAAGUUAAAACACUGGUUGUCCAUAGGAGAAUGAACACUGGUGUCUUUGAAAUUUGGAGUGAACCAUGGAGUAGGUGAAACUCUAACUCAGUGCUGUCCUUGGAAUCCAUCAUAACCCCUCAUCAAUUAAGAAGAAACUUCUUUUUGAGGAAAUGUUUGCUACAUGACUUGGAAUACAUGACUUUUUCCAUUUAAAGACUUAAAUAUUUUCUUAUCUGUUUUGACAAUGUAAUGUGAAUUCAUUUCACAUUCUUUUAGUACAAGUGUUAGAUUCAUCACCCAUUAUAUUCUGGGGAUCAUGGGGAUCCAAAGACUCUCUUUUAAACAGCAUACACAAGAUGGAACUUCAAGGGCAAUUUAGCUUUGACAGUCAAACUUAAUGGCUUGUGUCUUGGGAAUUUUAAACCAAAAAAAAAUUAUAUCAUGAAAAUGCAUCCAGUCUGCCUAACAGCACUUGAAAUAUCUUCAAAAAUGUUUUCUUCUUCAGUGUUUUGCUUUUGAGCCUGACAUAUGGUGUCUUGCUGUCUCUCUUAAAUGGUCUGUAUUUUUGAAAGACGCAUCAUCAUUACAUUUUCUCAAUCCCUUAACUAUGAUUCUGUAACAUCAAUGAUAUCAAAGACUGUACUGUUGUUUCUAGAGCCUGCAUUUUUUUUUCUAAUGUUCUUUUUAUUAAGACAGAGGAGUUUUAACUGCGCUCAAAACAAUUACCUACAGACGCCUUAAAAUCACUUCCGUCUUUUUUGUCCAGCGCCUCCUAACUCACCGGUAUGAGAAACCCUCCACAUAUGAUAGAUCAUUCAGUUUGUCUUGAUUUCUAGUUAUGCAUACAUCAAGCCUAUUGGGGUGCAUCCUCCCCAUUUUAGGCCCUGCAGACCCAAACCAUCCUCAAUUGUAGGCCAUUCUGAAGCAUGUUUUGUGCAGGAAAUUACACUCUUAUGAUAAAAACUAAACCAAUAGGUGUCUUAAGACUAAUCAGAAGGAGUUCAAGUUGUGCAUGUCACACCAUACAACCCCAGGGGUUCACCAUCUAAUGAGAUACAUUGGGUCAAAGUUACAGCUUUUCAAAAAACUUAAAAAAUAAAAUAAAAUUGGGUUUGGUAACGUGACAUGUGGUGUGUUAUGGUAUUUCAAGGUUGCUGCUCAUGAAUAUGACAUUUUUGAUAUUUGAUUUCAUUAGUGGUCAAAUCCCACUAAGAGCCACUCCCAGAAGAUUAAAAAUGUCAGAUUUAUUUCAAGGUCAGUAAUUAUGAAUAUGCUAUUUUUGAAUUUUGAUUCUUUACUAGAGAUCUUGCCCUCUAUUGACCUCUGUCAGAGCAUGAAAAAUGAUUCAUUUAUUUUACAAUCAAGAAUAUUUAGACUUUAAACAUUUCAACUGAGACACACAUUUUAAU